AUGCCUUUCGAUUAUAACCCUGAAAAUGAUAUCCCUGAUCUCACGGGAAAGUCUAUCUUUAUAACAGGAGGAACCGGCGGUCUAGGCGCAGAAUCGGCGAUCCACCUCGCCAAGCACAACCCAUCACACAUCUACCUCAGCGGCCGUAAUGCCACGAGCGCAGAAAAAGUGAUCAAACAAAUCCACGGAACCAACCCCGAUCUCGCAGUGACAUUCAUAAAAUGUGACCUAGCCUCCCUGACCUCCGUCAAAGGAGCCGCUGAGCACUUCACUAGCCAACACCAAACCCUAGACAUCCUAAUGUGCAACGCGGGGACCAUGGCCAACCCCCCUGGUCUAACGGUAGAUGGCUACGAGGUCCAAUUCGGCACCAACCACCUCGGCCACGCACUGCUGAUCAAAAAGUUCCUGCCCCUCCUGGAAGCCUCCCGCAACCCACGCCUCGUGAUCCUCACCUCGCAAGGGUGGGGGCUGCACCCGCGCGGCGGAAUCAUCUUCGAUAAGCUCAAGACGACACAGGAUAUUGCGUUCGGCGGGCCGUGGCGGCGGUAUGGGCAGAGUAAGCUGGCCAAUUUGCUGUAUGCGCGCGAGCUCGCGAAGAGGUUUCCGGCUAUCACAUCGGUGUCGGUACAUCCUGGUGUUGCGAGAACGAGUCUUGUUAAUGAUCUUAGCCUUAAAGAUAGGAUGAUUGUUUAUGGGACUACUUGGUGGGUGAUUAUCAAGGCGCAUGAGGGUGCAUUUAAUCAGACUUGGGCGGCUACUGUGGACAAGGCGCAGAUUCGGAAUGGAGGGUAUUAUGAGCCUGUUGGGAAAUUGGAGGAUGGGAAGCUUGAUGAGACAGCGAAGGAUGAGGCGCUUGCGGAGAGAUUGUGGGAUUGGACCGAGAAGGCUUUGAUGGGCUUUUGA